GAUGGAUCCAGAAUUUGCCUUCGAAAUGUCAUUAAACCCCUACCAGACUACAUGGAUGUACACCCCAGAACCUCUUCAGUAUUAGUAGAUUCUACAGGUUUCUGAUGAUGGUGUAUAACACUCAGAAUUUUGGACUUUGUCUGGAACUACUAGACUGGGAACUGUUCCCCAGCAAGUGAGGAUAGGACGGAUAGGACAUAAUGUGUUGUAUCUGUAACAAAGAGAUACCCUCGAUUCAGAUAAAAAAAAGGUACACAGAAGAAAUUAUGAGAAUAUCAUGCUGAUCAAGCUCACGUGAACUACCCAGGAUUGAACCCCAGGCUCCACAGUGAUGUAAGAUACGUCGACAUUUAAUUCUAAUACAAUGGUAAUUUCGCGUUAUUACUGGCUGAAUGCCAGUUCUUGCUGUUUCUCCUUGAUAUGUAAGUGGCAGCUUGAAACAAUGUGUCAUCGAUAUUCCUGAGUUGCGUAUUUGUAGUACCGUGUAAUAAUUGAUUGUUGGAGUGUAGCCGUGGUUGUAGUCAGUUGCACUAAUCUAUGGUACAGACGAGCAUUUAGCAUUGACAAUACUUGUUGCUGUUGCCAUUGUGAUCUAUAAGUAAUCCGUGGUUCCGAUUGUUUUGUGGUAAUGGUGCAUUUUGUGUUCAAUGUUACACGAAGAUAAAUGUAUGGUUGAUUCGCAAGUGGUUUUAUAUCCAUGGCAGAAGCAAGCAAAGGAAUUAAAACAACUCUCCAGUCAAAGAACUUACAGUGUAAAAACUUGCAUGAUUACUUGACAACUCUUCCAACUGAAAUUUUGGAUAGACUGUAUAACCACCCAACAACUUGCUUAGCAGUGUACAGGGAACACAAUGAAGUUGCACAAGUGCUCAGUGGUCUGCGUGUAUGGCAGGAGGCAGCUAUACCUGGUGGACUUCCAGGAUGGAUUAUGAACUCUGCCUUCAAAAGGAAUAUGAAGGUUGCGCUCUUGGGUGGAGGAAAGCCAUGGAGCAUGUCAUCACAGCUAGAAACUGACAGCAAACCACGGGACAUUCCUUACUUGGAUGGCUAUGCCAUGGAGCGAUGGGAGUGUGUGCUGCAUUACAUGGUGGGGUCACAGCAGCAGGAGGGGAUAUCUGCUGAUGCUGUCCGUAUCCUUCUGCAUGCAGGCCUGAUGAAGCGUGAUGAAGAAGAUGGGAGCCCAGUGAUCACGCGAGAAGGGUUUCAAUUUCUGCUGCUGGAUACACCAUCACAGGUGUGGUACUUCAUCCUUCAGUACCUGGACACUGUGGAAUCUCGUGGCUUGGACCUGGUGGAGUGCCUUACAUUCCUGUUCCAACUCAGUUUCAGCACGAUGGGCAAGGAUUAUAGCACAGAAGGAAUGAGUGACGGACUUCUGGUAUUCUUGCAACAUCUUAGAGAAUUUGGACUUGUCUAUCAACGCAAGAGAAAGGCUGGCCGCUUUUAUCCAACAAGGUUAGCCCUUAACAUUGCAUCAGGGCAGAACAAAUCACAGGUGGACAUGAACAGAGAAGGUUACAUUGUGGUAGAGACAAACUACAGGGUGUAUGCAUACACAGAUUCCAACCUACAGGUGGCUCUCUUAGGCCUGUUUUGUGAACUCAUGUACAGGUUUCCAAACCUUGCUGUGGGAAUAUUGACUCGAGAGUCAGUGCGCCAGGCCCUGAAGAGUGGUAUCACCGCAGAACAAAUUGUGGGCUUUCUUCGUUUACAUGCACAUCGUCGCAUGUUGGCUGUAGGUCCUCCAGUUCUUCCACCAACAAUUGUAGACCAAAUCAAACUCUGGGAAAAUGAACGCAACCGUUUCACUUUCUCCGAAGGAAUUUUAUAUUGCCAGUUUCUUUCUCAAGCCGAUUUUGAAGUACUGAGAGACCAUGCUCAAGAAUUAGGUGUACUGACAUGGCAGAACCCUCAGCGCAGGACCAUGGUAGUAACACGUACAAGUCAUGAAGAAGUCAAAAGAUUCUGGAAGCGAUAUUCCAAAGGAGGAGGAUGAAGCUGCUGUCUGUCUGUGAGAUUGUUUUUGACAGUGGAUUUUGCGGAGUGCCUAAUUAAUUAAUUGCAAGGAGGAAAUGCACUUAAUUUUAAGGAAAUGAUGGUAAGUUUCUGUGAUCUCAUUCUCUUUGAUUCAUUGGCCUAGAGCUACAUCAGUCUUUAGAAAUAUGAUGUAAUACCAGAAUUAGAUUUUAUGUGGUGUAUUAUCUCAAAGUUGCCAGUAAACUUUGUUUCAUUCAAAGCAAUUAUUUAUUUGUGGUCUGUGAAUAAAGAUUUUAGUGCAAUUAUAAAUUGGUUCUCAAUUAUUGACUGUGUUAGACUGACAGCACAACAGAAAACAAACUGCUGGAUAACAUUUGUGAAAACUUCCAGAUAUAAGUUUGUAUUUACAUUUAUAUUUUUUGUCUUUUACUAUUUGUGGCUUCUACCAAGCUUACAGAGAUGAAUGAAAAUUCUCUGGAAGUCAGAGUAGCAGUUGGUUUACAGUACAUUUUGAUUUCUACAAAUUAACAGUUUAUGCUAUUCUAGGUUCAAUGUUAUGUUUCUGCUUAUAGUAUAUCAUGCCACCAAGUAUGUUUAGUUAAUUAUUUAAAUGUUUUCAUGAUGACUGAGAGAAUAUUAAUAUUCUGUCUUUUUAAACAUACUUCCUUACACAGUGAAAGUCCUACUUAAUGAUCUGUGGGAUAAUGACUUCAAGGUUUUCACAUUUCUAGCAGAGAGAAAAUGUGAAUAUCAAUUGUUAUUUUAACCACAGUCGCAGUAAAUUUAAGUACGACAUCAAAAUUUUCUUACCCUAAAUGUGUGUUCUUUACUAAAUUGAAAUUCAUGAGAAAGUAAUACAUAGUUUAUAGAGGGGAUUGUCAGGGACUAGAAACAUAUUCAUUGAAUGUGAAACUGAAUCGGAUUUUGCAAUAUUGCACUGUGUUUAAAAUAACUACUGUAUGAUGUUAAAUAUGUGCAUGUAUGGGCAAAAGACAAUGUAAGGCAAGCUUUAAACACUGGUAUAUCUGAUAGUGGACUCAAAACCAAAUAUAUGUGAAGUUUUUGUGCUUCUUUCAUAAUCUGUAUGUAAAAGGUUAACACUUGCCAUUCUGUCAUUACUUGUGUUAAUUAGUAGUUAAUAGGAAAAGUAGACGGCAGUAAUAAAUGGCAGAGGAAUAUAUGUGUAGUUAGUAUUGCUGUGUCCAUCUUUGCUAAAGGAAGGUCACAAGGUACCUUUAGGUAGUAGCACCACUUUGAUACUGAGAACUUCACAUUAAAAUUACUUCAAAGUGAUGAAAUAAAAUUCUUUUGAGUUUUUC